UGUUGUUUCUCAGAUUUUUGCCAACAAAAAAAAUAAAAAUUUAAAAAACACAUUUUUUUUUUUUGGGGAUUUCCAGGAAGACCAGGAAAAAACUGGUUCUUUCUGGGAUCAAAGGGAUUUCAUUUUUUUUUUUUUAAAUUCAUGUUGAUUAUCAAUUUUAUUAUUUUUUUUCCUAUUGAUGUCCUAUAUUGAAAUUUUCAUUAUUAAAUUUGGACAAAUAAAUCCCUGAGAACAUUAACCCCAGAAAAACCAAUAUUGUGGUGUAAAAAAAAUAUUAGAGAGGUAUGGCAUUGAGUAACAAAAUGAAAAUGAAGAUGAAUUGUUUUACAUGUUGUGUUUCAAAGGAGGAAAAAAUAAAUAAAAAAACUUUGAAAAAAAGUAAUCAAGAAUACAAAAACAAUAAAAAUCACAAGUCUCAACCUUCCUAUGACAAUCUUUCAUUUAGAACAGAUAGCAACAGAAGGAGGUAUAUAGCAGAAGAAAUAGCAAAACUCGGAAAAGGCAGCAUUUCCGCUGAGAUAUUCUCGUACCUGGAGUUGAAGAUUGCCACUCAAAACUUUAACAACGAUCGUUUGCUUGGUGAAGGUGGCUUUGGAAGAGUGUACAAGGGCAACAUUGAAAGCAAGAAUCUAGAUGUCGCGGUGAAGCAACUCGACAGGAAUGGCUUCCAAGGAACUAGAGAGUUUCUUGUGGAGGUUCUCAUAUUGAGUCUUCUUCAUCAUCCAAAUCUUGUCAAUUUGGUAGGAUAUUGUUCAGAUGGUGAUCAGAGAAUAUUAGUGUAUGAAUACUUGCCAAACGGUUCACUAGAAGAUCAUCUUCUCGGUAACGUAUUACUACAUCACCACUUCUUACUUUUCGUCACAAAAUCUUGAAAUAUGUGUCGGUCAAGUCGUUGACAUCUA